GGGGGCUCGUGGUGGGAGGCUGCCGCGGCUGCUGCUCCUGCAUUGGUGUCUCCCCUAUGGACGAAAACAGCCCUCUGUCUCCCAAAGCAAAUGCUUUCAGUAUCGCCUCUCUGAUUUCAGUCGCCGCCGCCGCCGAGCACGCAGGGAAAGGAGCUCUGGAGGAGCGCAGCGGCGGCCGCAGCGCGCCCGCCCGCCCCGGCUGUCGCCCGCAGAAGAUGCACUUCAGCACCGUCACCAGGGACAUGGAAGCUAUCUCCAGCCCCUGGCUCACCCAGCUGUCCCAUUUUUGCGAUGUUGCAGCUUUCACGGCCAACAGCCUGAGCAGCCUGAACGCCUCCGGGGGGUACCACCUCUCCCCUUCCCCGGGGGACGCGUACGGACAGCAUGAGCCUCCGCACUACGAGCCCUGCACGGCUCAGCAGCACCCGCCGCCCCAGCCCCAGCCCGGCUACCCCUUUGGCGGGGCGGCGGUGGCUGGGGCCAACCCACCGCCCCCAGGUCCCGAGCCGCCCGAGGGCGCCGGGGGAACCGCCGCGGGGCCGGCCGCCGUCUCGGGCUGCUCGGCGGGGGCGGCCUCAGCGGCCAAGGCGCCCGUGAAGAAGAACCCGAAGGUGGCUAACGUGAGCGUCCAGCUGGAGAUGAAGGCGCUGUGGGACGAGUUCAACCAGCUGGGCACCGAGAUGAUCGUUACCAAGGCCGGCAGGCGCAUGUUCCCCACCUUCCAGGUGAAGAUCUUUGGGAUGGACCCUAUGGCUGACUAUAUGCUCCUCAUGGAUUUUGUCCCUGUGGAUGACAAGCGAUACCGGUACGCCUUCCACAGCUCCUCCUGGCUGGUAGCCGGAAAAGCUGACCCUGCCACCCCCGGGAGGGUGCACUACCACCCGGACUCCCCGGCAAAAGGGGCACAGUGGAUGAAGCAGAUUGUUUCCUUUGAUAAGCUCAAACUGACCAACAAUUUGCUGGAUGACAAUGGACAUAUCAUUUUGAACUCCAUGCACAGAUACCAACCGCGUUUUCACGUGGUCUACGUGGAUCCCCGGAAAGACAGUGAGAAAUAUGCAGAGGAGAACUUUAAAACAUUUGUUUUUGAGGAGACCCGCUUCACAGCCGUGACUGCCUACCAGAACCACCGGAUCACACAGCUGAAGAUAGCCAGCAACCCUUUUGCCAAGGGAUUCCGAGACUGUGACCCCGAAGACUGGCCUAGGAAUCACAGGCCAGGGGCUCUUCCCCUCAUGAGUGCUUUUGCCAGAUCCCGGAAUCCCGUCUCUUCCCCAGCCCACCAGAAUGGGACAGAGAAAGAUGCUGCCGAGAGCCGGCGGGAGUACGAGCGGGAGGCAGCCGGCGGGACGCCGCUGCACGCCGAAGCGGCGCACCAGCAGCUCAUGUCCCGAGUGCUCAGCCCCGCGCUGCCGGGCGCUGGCAGCGGCCUGGUGCCGUUGGGCGGCGCAGGCGGCGGCCGGCCCAGUCCGCCCCACCACGAACUGCGCCUGGAGCCCGCCGCCUCGGAGCCCCUCCACCACCAUCCCUACAAGUACCCGCCCGCGGCGGCCGCCGCCUACGACCACUACCUGGGGGCGAAGAGCCGGCCCGCCCCUUACCCCCUCCCCAGCAUCCGCGGACACGGCUACCAUCACCACCACCACCACCACCACAUGAACGCAGCAGCCGCAGCGGCGGCGGCAGCUGCCAACAUGUACUCGUCGUCCGGCGCCCCCGGCAACUAUGACUAUGGGCCACGGUAACGGCGCCACGGCCCCGCCGGGCCCUGACGGCGCGAGAGACUGGGCAGCGGCCGCGCGUGCCGCCAGCGCUGCCAUUCUUCCCCUUCCCGCCUUUCCCUCUCUUCCCGCCUUACGAGUGAGCUGAUAGGCCAGUUUGACCUGAUCGACAAUCGGAGAGCCCAGUCGCAGGAACCAGCAGCCUCCCGUCGCACUCCCCACCCAUCGGCAAGCCGUGAAGGCGGGCGAUGGCGGCCUGCGGCGAGGGAAGGGGGUGUUCCCUCUGCCCAUUGCGGUGUGACCCGCAGCUGCACUUUGAUAAACGAAGCCAUAUGUCGUUAUCUCCCUUCUUCUUGCCCUGUGUCUCCCUUCUUGCCGAUGCCCCACUAGUGCGCGGGUACCGAGGACGGUAGGGCCGCAGGGAAGCGGUGGCGGUGAGGUGAUUUGUACCCUUCUUGGUCGCCCGCCGGGUCUUAUGAGGGAGAUUUGGUGUUGCCACCAAUUUUGGCGGUGCCACGGGCUUUUCCCUGCUGAGUGGGACGUGUAAAACUAAUACCGAGUCAGGGAAGCUGCGGGGCUGGCCCUAGGUAGCGGCUGGCACCAGCCCCCAGCAGCGGCGGGCC